GUGACCGCUGACGUCACACCCCUUCCAGGUUAGCAUCUCCCGUGGUUGAUGGGAGUGAGGAGACAUGGCGGCUGAGCCGACUAAAGCGGAGAUCCAAGCCCUGUUCAAGCGACUGCGGGCGGCUCCCACUAACAAGUCCUGUUUUGACUGUGGAGCCAAGAAUCCCAGCUGGGCCAGUAUUCCCUAUGGAGUGUUUCUAUGCAUCGACUGCUCGGGCAUCCACCGCUCUCUGGGCGUCCACCUCAGCUUCAUCAGGUCUACUGAACUGGAUUCCAACUGGAGCUGGUUUCAGCUGAGAUGUAUGCAAGUGGGAGGCAAUGCCAACGCUAACGCCUUCUUCCGCCAUCAUGGCUGCACCACCAAUGACACCAACGCCAAGUACAACAGCCGUAGCGCUCAGAUGUACCGAGAGAAGAUUAGGCAGCUGGCCAGCUCCGCCAUGUCUAAGCAUGGCACCGAUCUUUGGGUAGAGGGGAUGAAUUGUCCUCUUGCAAACUCUCCGGAGAAGAAGGAUUCCGACUUCUUUGCUGAACUGACCCAGUCCUCCAACUCCUGGGAGACAACACCAGUCCUAGAACAAGUGCCAGAGACCAUCCAGCCAGCGACAAGACAGCCAACCAGUGCCCCCGGCAGCGCUGAACCCCAAUGCGCUGAGUCAGGUCCCAGUGUUGAUAAUCUGAGCACAUCACCCAAAGCUACAGUAGAUCUGGCCAUGUGCCUCUCUGUUCAGGAGCCAUCCCCCAGCACAGAGGUGAAACCAUCGCUCAUCGGAAAGAAGAAACCUGCAGCGGCCAAGAAAGGCCUUGGGGCUAAGAAGGGCCUUGGUGCCCAAAAAGUGAGCAGCCAAAGUUUUAGUGAGAUUGAGAAGAAGGCGCAGGUGGCAGAGAAGCUGAGGGAGCAGCAGGCGGCAGAGCUCAGGAAGGAAGCAGAAGAGUCGCUAGUCUCCUCCAUGAGGCUGGCUUACCAAGAGCUCCAGAUAGAUCGCAAGAAGGAGGAGAAGAGGCUGCAGACCCUGGAGGGAAAGAAGAGAGAGCAGGCUGAGCGCCUGGGCAUGGGCCUGGCCUCCCGCAGCUCCGUCUCGCACUCUGUUCUGUCAGAAAUGCACGUAAUUGAACAAGAAACGCCCGUGGCUACUAAAUCCUCCCGUUCCCAGCUUGACCUCAUGGAGGACUCCAGCUUCACCUCUGGGCCUCCCAAAUAUAAGGAUAACCCAUUCUCACUGGGGGAAGGUUUUAGCCCACGAUGGGAAACAGAAGUGUCAACGUGGGGCUCUACAGAUAAGGCCGAGGAAGAGCGAGAGGUCACCAUCUCCAGUAUUCAGCCAGCACGAGAUCGGCCUGCAAAUAGGAGAAAGCCAGAGAGCACCCCGGCUCCAGAGUCCAGUGAGGCACGCAUGAAGUUUGCCAGUGCGAAAGCAAUCUCCUCAGACAUGUUCUUUGGGAGAGAGCAAGAUGCCGAGUAUGAAGCCAGAUCCCGCCUGCAGCAGCUGUCCUCCAGUACUUCCAUCAGCUCAGCCGAUCUCUUUGGAGAUUCUGAUUCAGUAAAUCCAGGAGCUGGGGUUUCUCUGGGCAAUGUGAUCCCGUCUGCUGACAUCACCCACUUUAAGCAGGGAGUAAAAUCUGUUGCAGGCAAGAUGGCAGUGCUGGCCAACGGCGUAAUGAACUCUCUACAGGAUCGAUAUAGCUCCUAUUAACUAAUCGGGAAAGAAGAGGUCGGAUCCUUCUGUAGCAAUUUCCCAUGUUACCUAUAUAUAGGGGCGAGGGAAAUGGAGGGGUCAGAAAGGGAGGGAUUGACCUGCAUCCCUCCAGCUGCUGGCAAAUGCCCCUUUAUAGAAAAUGACCGCUUCAGUAUUCCUCUAACACCGCGUCCACUACCGGAGCAUUUCUCACCCCACUUGCCCAUCAGCUGCUGCUGCUCCCGCUGCAAUGGACGCCCAGAGACUGUGCGCUUUUAACCGGUGUGUUAGUGUCAGAUGACUUUACGGGGGGCUGUCUGUAUAGCAUGUUAUGACUGCGUUGUAGGCAGGGUGAGGAGGUGUCAUGGAGGAUACAAAGCCCCCCAUUCUAGGGAAUAACUGUUACUGUCUGGAGGACGAGACUAUCAUGUCCUGUAUUAAUCCGUGUGACUAUUGUGGUUUUACUGUUUUAAUCCUUUGCAAGUUCGGGGCGUUACUAGGACAUGAGGGUCGUUCACACUGUCCCUGCAUGGCGGGGGAGCCUCCAGAGACAGGCUGCAUGAGUAUUUAUUUUGCUGUCUCUUGGCGCACAGUUGCAAGGCUGGGUGUGCAAAUUGUACUUUGAACCCCAUGCCUCUCCGAAUAUUAUUACAGUGUUGACCAGGAAAAGUGAAUAAAGAUACUGAGGCACGA